GGCCGCGAACAGGAAACCCUAGCCUCCCCCCCUAAGAAGAGCGAAAAAACCCUCAAGCAGAGAUCUCCAAGAAGGCCGAAGAUGGUGAAGUUCCUCAAGCCCGGGAAGGCCGUGAUCGUGCUCCAGGGCCGCUACGCCGGCCGGAAGGCCGUCAUCAUCCGCAACUUCGACGACGGCACCCGGGACCGCCCGUACGGCCACUGCCUCGUCGCCGGGAUCAAGAAGUACCCCAGCAAGGUCAUCAAGAAGGACUCGGCCAAGAAGACCGCCAAGAAGUCCCGGGUCAAGACCUUCGUCAAGCUCGUCAACUACCGGCACCUCAUGCCCACCCGCUACACCCUCGACGUCGACCUCAAGGACGUCGUCACCCCGGACGUCCUCCAGAGCAAGGACAAGAAGGUCACCGCCGCCAAGGAGACCAAGAAGAGGCUCGAGGAUAGGUUCAAGACGGGGAAGAACAGGUGGUUCUUCACCAAGCUCAGGUUCUGAUCUUCGGUCCCGUUUGAGGAAUUGGGUGUCUGUGUUAGGUUGUUUUUGAUGUAUGGAUUGAGUGAAAAUGGUGGACCAUCUGGAUUUGAUUGUAGUGGUUUAUUUUGGAGCUUGAUCAUCUCUUUCAAAUUUUGAUAUCUGUUACUAUUA